AUGCCACGAGACCCUUCAGCCCCUCUGCCUGCGCUGUACUUCAAGACCGUGGCCGAGUGCCAGAAGAGCUGCGACUCCAACCUCCUCUGCCAGUGGUUUUCCUACAAGGCGGACAGCUACCCCACGAACGGCGCCUGCUACAUCUUUACCAAGACGGAUGUGGCCAAAGAGGCCGACCCCAAAGCCUUCUCCGGGCCUAAGGGAUGCCAGGAGACCACCAUCCUCACCGAUGCGGCCACCGCUGCCGCGGGCGUGGCUUCCAACUUGCAGGAGGGCGCCACCGGCGCUGCCGCCGACAUGCAGACCGCCGUGAAUGGCCAGGUGAACGCCGUGACUGGCGCUGCUGCCGACGCGCAGAACGCCGCGACUGCACAGUUGAAUGGCCUCCAGGAGGGCGCCACCGGCGCUGCGGCCGACAUGCAGAACGCCGUGAAUGGCCAGGUGAACGCCGUGACUGGCGCUGCUGCCGACGCGCAGAACGCAGUGACUGGCCAGUUGAAUGGCCUCCAGGAGGGCGCCACCGGCGCUGCGGCCGACAUGCAGAACGCCGUGAAUGGCCACUUGAAUAGCCUCCAGGACGGCGCCAACGGCGCUGUGAACUCCAUCUCCAAUGCAUUUUCGUCAGCAGGCGCCCAGCUCACCGGGACCGCCAACAAGGCGGCAGACCAGGUCGGCGCCACUUUCAAGGGCGAGGGGGCGGAUGGCAAGGCCAUGGCCGCCGGCAGCCAGAGCCAGGACAACACGGCGCUGUAUGCCAUCGUGGGCGGCGGCGUGGGGGCAGCGCUCGUGGCCGCGGGAGCCUUCGCCAUGAUGGGCGACGGCUCGGAGAAGAAGCCGAAGAAGAAGCGCGGCGUCCCGGCCUCCACAGGCUCGAAGAAGCCCACCCCGGAUGCCACCGUCGACGCCGAGGCCCCGUCCGCAUCGGCGUCUGGGCUGCAGAUGGCCACUCCCACUUACUCGGUGCCGCGGCCCACCUACUCGGAGACAGCGAACUACGGCCAGCCUGCGAGCCCCAGCAAAGUCUUGGGCUGGUUGGGUGUGAGGAGCUACCAGCAGCCGGCCUACCAGCCAAUGGCCUACCAGCCGGCCAGCUACCAGCAGAUGGCCAUGCCCGCGGCGCAGCCCAUGACCUACCAGGCUGCGCCUGCCUACCAGCCAGCCUCCAUGGCGGCCUCAGCCUACCAGCCAGUGAUGUACCAGCAGGUCGCCACUGAGCCAACGUCGUACCCGGGCUACCAGAUGCAGUGA